AUGACAAUUCUCUCAGACGUGCGAGCGGAGUACUUGGAGCAAGUCUCUUCCAUCGUCCUCAAAUUCAAACCCGACAAGUGGACCAAGAUGCUGGGGGCUGAGGAGUAUGUGGCCAUGCUCACAGAAUUCCUAGAGAAACCAGAUGUCCCCGUCUUGGUGAUGACACUCAGUCCAGCCGGCAUGAUCAUCCCCUACCUGGGCUUCCCAGCCUCUCUCAAGUCCAAAGCCAUCUAUUUCAUCAAGACCAGACCUGUGAGCGUCACCAGGGACAACUACAAGGCCCUCCUGCUCUACGGAGACAUCAGCCCUGAGCCCGUGGACCAGCUGAUCGCUGUGGUGGAGGAGGUCCUGUACUCCCUGUUAAAUCAGACGGAGAACAUGAGUGGGUGGCCCCACGUGGUUUCUGAGGACAUUGUGAAGCAAAUCCACAAGCUGAAAAAUGAGAUGUUUGUGAUGGGGGGCAAGAUCAAAGGGAAGACCCUCCUGCCCGUCCCCGAGCACCUGGGCAGCCUGGAUGGUGCCCUGGAGUCUGUGGAAAGGAUGCCCCAAGUCUUGGACGACUCGUUGCUGCAUGCCAUGGAGACCAUCAUCAUCGACUGGUCCCAUCAGAUCCGGGACGUGCUGAGCAAGAACUCUGCCCAGGCCCUGCUGGAAGGGCUGCACCCACUGCCCCGGGUUGAGUUUGAAUUCUGGGAUGCCCGGCUGAUGAACCUCAAGUGCAUCCAUGACCAGCUCAACAGACCCAAAGUCAACAAGAUAGUGGAGAUCCUAGAACGGGCCAAAAGCUGCUACUGGCCAGCCCUGCAAAAUGUCUAUAUGAACGUCACUGAAGGGUUGCAGGAAGCCAACGACAUUGUCCUCUAUCUGAAGCCACUGCGAAUUCUGCUGGAGGAAAUGGAGCAAGCUGACUUCACAGCGCUCCCGACCUUCAUUGCUAAGGUGCUGUAUACCAUCUGCUUCAUCUGGGCCACGUCCGAGCACUACAACACACCUUCCCGGAUCAUUGUCAUGCUGCAGGGGGUCUGCAACCAGAUCAUCGAGAUGACGAGAGCUUACCUGAGCCCGGAGGAAGUGCUGAAGGGGCUGCAGGGUGAGAUCGAGGAAGUCCUGAGCGGCAUCUCGCUGUCCGUGAACGUGCUGAAGGAACUUUACCGGACGUACGACUUCUGCUGUGCAAACAUGAAGGUUUUCUUCAAGCACAACAAAGAGCCGGUGCCCUGGGAGUUCCCUUCUUCCCUUGCGUUCUCCAGAAUGAAUUCCUUCUUUCAUCGUAUCCAGACCAUUGAGGAUCUUUACAAAACAGCUAUCGAGUUUCUGAAGCUGGAGAAAAUUGAGCUCGGGGGCGUCCGGGGGAACAUCCUGGGAAACCUGAUGAUCCAGGUCUAUGAUGAAGUCUCCGAGCUGGUGAAGGUGUUUGCUGACUGCAAAUACGACCCCCUGGACCCUGGGGAUUUGAGAUUUGAUGAGGAUUAUGCUGACUUUGAGACCAAAAUUCGUGAUCUGGACAGGAGACUGGCCACCAUCUUCUGCCAAGCGUUUGAUGACUGUCCCUCGAUUGAGUCAUGUACAAAGCUCCUGCACAUGUGUGGAGGGCUCCUGGAGCGGCCUUUGAUCCUUGUGGAGGUGGUGCCCAGGUAUUCGGUCAUGUUGGACCUCUUUGACGCGGAGCUAGACAACACCAAGAUCUUGUACGAUGCCCAGAUGGCAGCUUCCCAGGAUGGGAACAUUCCCCCGAUCCACAAGAACAUGCCCCCGGUGGCUGGACAGCUCAAGUGGAGCCUGGAGCUGCAGGGGAGACUGCAGGCAUCCAUGCGGGACAUGAAGCACAUUGACCAUCCGGUCAUGUCCAGCAUCGAGGCCAAGAUGAUCUUCCAGAAAUAUUAUGAAAUGAUGGAACUGCUGAAAAAUUGCCGAGAGAAGACCUACCAAGAGUGGGCAGCUCGAGUGGACCAGGACUGUCACUUCAACCUGGGACAGCCCCUCAUCCAGCGUAACCCCACGACGAAACUCAUCCAAGUCAACUUCAGCAAGGCGUUGGUGGCAGUCCUGAGAGAGGUGAAGUAUCUGACCUUUCAGCAGCAAAAAGAGAUGCCAGACAGCGCCGAAAGCCUCUUCUCCCAGAAUGAAACCUUCCGGAAGUUUGUGGGCAACUUGGAGCUCAUUGUUGGGUGGUACAAUGAGAUAAAGACCACAGUGAUGCCCGUGGAAUAUCCCCUCAUUAAGUCAGAAUUGGAAGCAAUUGAUGUCAAGUUAUUGGCUGCAGAAACGACAUUGUUUUGGAAUGGAGAAGGUGUGUUCGAGUAUAUUCAGGAAAUGCGAGAAAUUCUAUACGACUUGCAGACCCGGAUGCAAAAAGCAAAGCAAAAUAUAGAUGCGAUUGCCCAGGCCAUGAAGGACUGGUCAGCCAACCCGAUGUUUGAAAGAAAAGACAACAAGAAAGAUGCCCUCCUAGACCUGGACGGGAGAGUGACCAACCUGAACAAGCGCUACGCAGCGGUCAAGGAGGCUGCUGUGAAGAUCCAAGCCAUGGUGGCGGAAAACGCCGAGCUGUUCAAAGCCGACACCACCAGCCUGUCCUGGAAGGAUUACGUCAACUAUAUUGACAAUAUGGUCUUGGAUGAAUUUGACCAAUUUAUUCGAAAAUCUUUAAAUUACCUGAUGAACAACAUGGUUGCAGACGACAGUGUGGCUCCCCUGUUCGAAGUCCGAAUGGAGCUGGAUGAGGACGGACUGGCCUUCAACCCGUCCCUGGAGGUGGGCGCGGAGCAGGGCUUCCUGGCAUUGGUUGACAGUCUGGUGAAUGACAUGUACAACGUGGCCAAGCUCAUCCCCCGACUGUCCAGGGGCAGAAUGAACUACAAGACGGACCUGGAGGACAUGACAGAUCUCAUGGACAUGAGGGAGGAGGUGUCCAGUCUGGUUAUCAGCACCAUGAAGGUGGCUGAGGAGUACCAGGACUCCUUUGAGCGUUACUCCUACCUGUGGAUGGACGACCCCCAGGAGUUCAUGAAGCACUUCCUGAUCUAUGGGCACUCCAUCACGCCUGAGGACCUGGACGCCCGCGCCGACGAGACCCUCCCCAAGACACCCCCAACCCUUGCACAGUUCCAGCAGCAGAUCGACUCCUACGAGAAGCUGUACGAGGAGGUGUCCAGGUGUGAGAACACGGUGGUCUUCCAGCACUGGCUGCAGUGUGACUGCCGGCCCUUCAAGCAGGUCCUGCUCAACACCAUCAAGCGUUGGAGCUUCAUGUUCAAACGGCACCUGAGUGACCAUGUCAUCAACAGCCUCGCCGACCUGGAGACCUUCAUGAAAGUCGCCAGGAUGGGCUUGAGCAAGACGCUCAAGGAGGGGGACUACGAUGGGCUGGUAGAGGUCAUGGGACACCUGAUGAAGGUCAAGGAGCGGCAGGCCGCCACUGACACCAUGUUCGAGCCUCUGAAGCAAACCAUCGAGUUGCUGAAGACAUACGGCGAGGAAAUACCUGAGGAGACCCUACUGAAGCUGCAGGAGCUGCCAGAGCAGUGGGCGAACACCAAGAAAGUGGCCAUCCAGGUGAAGCAGAACGUGGCCCCCCUGCAGGCCAACGAGGUCAACAUCUUGAGGAGGAAGUGCCAACAGUUCGAGCUCAAGCAGUACGAGUUCAGGGAGAAGUUCAGACAAGACGCGCCAUUCUCUUAUAGUGACCCCAACCCCUACAAGUCCCUGAACAAGCAACAGAAGAGCAUCUCUGCCAUGGAAGCCAUCAUGGAGUCUCUGUCCAAGUCUGGGAGCCUGUUCGAGGUCACCGUCCCAGACUACAAGCAGCUCAAAGCCUGCCACAAGGAGGUCCGCCUGCUGAAGGAGCUCUGGGACAUGGCCGUAUUGGUGAACACCAGCAUCGAUGAUUGGAAAACCACCAAGUGGAAGGAUAUCAACGUGGAGCAGAUGGACAUAGACUGCAAGAAGUUUGCCAAGGAUGUGAGGUCUCUAGAUAAGGAGAUGAAGGCCUGGGAUGCCUUUGUGGGUCUCGACAACACCGUGAAGAACAUGAUUACCGCCCUGCGGGCUGUGAGCGAACUGCAGAAUCCCGCCAUUCGGGAACGCCACUGGCAGCAGCUCAUGGCAGCCACCCAGGUGAAAUUUGAAAUGUCGGAUGAGACAACCCUAGCAGAUUUGCUCCAGUUGAACCUACACAAAUACGAGGAGGAGGUCCGCAACAUCGUGGACAAGGCCGUGAAGGAGUCUGGGAUGGAAAAGGUGCUGAAGGCGCUGGACAGCACCUGGUCCACAAUGGAGUUUGAGCACGAGCCGCAUCCGCGCACGGGCACCAUGCUGCUCAAGUCAGACGAGGUGCUGGUGGAGACGCUGGAGGACAACCAGGUGCAGCUGCAGAACCUGAUGAUGUCCAAGUAUCUGUCCCACUUCCUGAAGGAGGUGACCAGCUGGCAGCAGAAGCUGUCCACGGCUGACUCGGUCAUGUCCAUCUGGUUCGAGGUCCAGAGGACGUGGAGCCACCUGGAGAGCAUCUUCAUAGGCUCCGAGGACAUCCGGGCCCAGCUCCCGGAGGAGUCCCAGCGCUUUGACGGCAUUGACUUGGAAUUCAAGGCAUUGAUGGCAGAUGCCGUGAAAACGCCCAAUGUGGUGGAAGCCACCAACAAGCCGGGCCUCUACGACAAACUGGAGAACCUGAAAAAGGAGCUGGCAGUGUGUGAGAAGGCCCUGGCGGAAUACUUAGAGACGAAGAGGCUGGCUUUCCCAAGGUUCUAUUUUGUCUCCUCCGCUGACCUCCUGGACAUUCUCUCCAACGGAAAUGACCCCGUGGAGGUCAGCCGCCACUUGUCCAAGCUUUUCGACAGCUUGUGCAGACUGAAGUUCCGGCUGGACGCCGGAGGGAAACCUCUGAAGUUUGGCAUGGGCAUGUACAGCAAGGAGGACGAGUAUGUGGAGUUUGACCAGGAAUGUGACCUCUCGGGGCAGGUGGAAGUCUGGCUGAACCGUGUGCUGGACCGGAUGUGCACCACACUGCGCCACGAAAUCCCAGAGGCUGUGGUGACCUAUGAGGAGAAGCCGCGGGAGCAAUGGAUCUUCGAUUAUCCGGCUCAGAUUGCACUAACCUGUACACAAAUAUGGUGGACCACCGAGGUGGGCAUGGCUUUUUCAAGACUGGAGGAAGGAUAUGAAAAUGCUAUCAAAGAUUACAACAAAAAACAGAUCAGCCAGCUCAAUGUGCUCAUUACCUUGCUCAUUGGAAACCUUAACGCCGGCGACAGGAUGAAGAUCAUGACUAUCUGCACCGUCGAUGUGCAUGCGCGAGACGUGGUGGCCAAGAUGAUCACCGCCAAGGUGGAAAGUUCCCAGGCUUUCACCUGGCAGUCGCAGCUCCGGCACCGCUGGGACGAAGAGAAGAGACACUGCUUCGCCAACAUCUGCGAUGCCCAAAUCCAGUAUUCCUACGAAUACUUGGGCAACACUCCGAGGCUGGUCAUCACCCCACUCACGGACAGGUGCUACAUAACCUUGACGCAGUCCCUACAUCUGAUCAUGGGCGGAGCCCCAGCUGGCCCCGCGGGUACUGGCAAGACCGAGACCACCAAGGACCUGGGCCGGGCCCUGGGCACCAUGGUGUAUGUCUUCAACUGCUCUGAGCAGAUGGAUUACAAGUCCUGCGGCAACAUCUACAAGGGCUUGGCUCAGACGGGCGCCUGGGGCUGCUUCGAUGAAUUCAAUCGCAUCUCUGUGGAGGUCUUGUCUGUGAUUGCUGUCCAGGUAAAAUGUGUCCAGGAUGCAAUACGGGCCAAGAAGAAGACCUUUAACUUCCUGGGGGAGAUCAUCAGCCUGACCCCCACCGUGGGCAUCUUCAUCACCAUGAAUCCCGGCUACGCAGGCCGCACGGAGCUACCUGAGAACCUGAAGGCCUUGUUCAGGCCCUGUGCCAUGGUGGUCCCCGACUUUGAGCUCAUCUGUGAGAUCAUGCUGGUGGCUGAGGGCUUUCUGGAAGCCCGUCUGCUGGCCAGGAAAUUCAUCACCCUCUACACCCUGUGCAAAGAGUUGCUCUCCAAGCAGGACCACUACGACUGGGGUCUUCGGGCCAUCAAGUCAGUGCUGGUGGUGGCUGGGUCCCUGAAGAGGGGGGACCCCAGCCGGGCGGAGGACCAGGUGCUCAUGAGAGCACUGCGGGACUUCAACAUCCCCAAGAUCGUGACGGACGACCUGCCCGUGUUCAUGGGGCUUAUCGGGGACCUCUUCCCCGCCCUGGAUGUCCCCCGGAAGCGGGACCUGAACUUUGAAAAGAUCAUCAAGCAGAGUGUCCUAGAACUGAAGCUGCAGGCUGAGGACAGCUUCGUGCUGAAGGUUGUACAGCUGGAGGAGCUGCUGCAAGUGCGCCACUCGGUGUUUGUCAUCGGAAACGCGGGCAGCGGCAAGUCUCAGGUCCUCAAGUCCCUCAACAAAACCUACCAGAACUUGAAGAGGAAGCCAGUGGCGGUGGACCUGGAUCCCAAGGCCGUCACCUGUGAUGAGCUCUUCGGCAUUAUCAACCCAGCAACCAGGGAGUGGAAAGACGGCCUCUUUUCCACCAUCAUGCGGGACCUGGCCAACAUCACACACGAAGGCCCCAAGUGGAUUGUCUUGGAUGGGGACAUAGACCCCAUGUGGAUUGAGUCUCUCAACACCGUCAUGGACGACAACAAGGUCCUCACCCUGGCCAGCAACGAGCGGAUCCCCCUGAACCGCACCAUGAGGCUGGUGUUCGAGAUCAGUCAUCUGAGGACCGCCACCCCGGCCACUGUCUCCAGAGCCGGGAUACUGUACAUCAACCCCACAGACCUGGGGUGGAAUCCCGUGGUGAGCAGCUGGAUCGAAAGGCGCAAGGUGCAAUCGGAGAAGGCUAACCUAAUGAUCCUCUUCGACAAGUACCUGCCCACCUGCCUGGACAAGCUGCGGGUGGGCUUCAAGAAGAUCACUCCGGUGCCCGAGAUCACGGUGAUCCAGAUGAUUCUGUACCUGCUCGAAUGCCUCCUGACGGAGAAGAACGCGCCGCCCGACUCGCCCAAGGAGCUCUAUGAACUCUACUUCGUGUUCGCCUGCUUCUGGGCCUUCGGGGGCGCCAUGUUCCAGGACCAGCUUGUGGACUACCGCGUCGAGUUCAGCAAAUGGUGGAUCAACGAAUUCAAAACCAUCAAGUUCCCCUCCCAGGGGACCAUCUUUGACUACUACAUCGACCCCGAUACCAAGAAGUUCCUACCGUGGACGGAGAGAGUGCCCUCCUUCGAGCUGGACCUCGACGUCCCUCUGCAGGCCUCCCUGGUCCACACCACGGAGACCAUCCGCAUCCGCUUCUUCAUGGACCUGCUCAUGGAAAAGUCGUGGCCUGUCAUGCUGGUGGGGAACGCCGGCACGGGCAAGUCAGUGUUGAUGGCGGACAAGCUGGAUAGUCUGAGCACUGAUAGCUACCUAGUACAGGCCGUACCCUUCAACUUCUACACCACCUCCGCCAUGCUGCAGGGGGUGCUGGAGAAACCACUAGAGAAGAAAUCAGGGAGGAACUAUGGGCCCCCUGGUACGAAGAAGCUGGUCUACUUCAUCGAUGACAUGAACAUGCCUGAGGUGGACAAGUACGGCACGGUGGCCCCCCACACGCUCAUCCGGCAGCACAUGGAUCACAGACACUGGUAUGACAGGCAGAAGCUGACCCUGAAAGACAUUCAUAACUGUCAGUACGUGGCCUGCAUGAACCCCACCUCCGGAUCCUUCACCAUUGACCCUAGACUCCAGCGUCACUUCUGCGUGUUUGCUGUGAGUUUCCCCGGUCAGGAGGCGCUUAUGACCAUCUACAGCACCAUCCUAGCCCAGCACCUGGCCUUCCGCUCGGCCCCCAUGGUGGUCCAGAAGAUGAGUGGUCAGCUGGUGGCCUCGGCCUUGGCCUUGCAUCAGAAAGUUGCAACAACAUUUCUUCCCACGGCCAUUAAAUUUCAUUAUGUCUUCAAUCUCAGGGACCUCUCCAACAUUUUCCAGGGUCUCCUGUUCUCCUUGGUGGAUAUCUUGAAGACCCCACUGGAGCUUGUUCGCCUAUGGCUGCAUGAAGCUGAACGAGUGUACAGUGACAAAAUGGUCGACAAAAAAGACCAGGAAACACUGGGCAGAGUCACUGUUGCCUCCACCAAGAAGUUCUUUGAUGAUCUUGGAGACGAAUUCUUAUUUGCCAAACCAAAUAUCUUCUGCCAUUUCGCUCAAGGGAUUGGCGAUCCCAAAUACUUCCCAGUGUUCGAUAUGGCUCAUCUGAACAAGCUGUUGGUAGAAGCGCUGGACAGUUACAAUGAGGUCAAUGCUGUCAUGAAUCUGGUGCUGUUUGAAGAUGCAGUGGCUCACAUCUGUAGAAUCAACCGCAUCUUGGAGUUGCCCCGAGGGAACGCUCUGCUGGUCGGCGUGGGUGGCAGUGGCAAGCAGAGCCUGUCCCGUCUGGCCGCGUACAUCAGUGCCCUGGACGUGUUUCAGAUCACCCUCAAGAAGGGUUAUGGGAUCCCAGAUCUCAAGCUGGACCUGGCCACCCAGUACAUAAAGGCGGCGGUGAAGAACGUGCCCUCUGUGUUCCUGAUGACCGACUCCCAGGUGGCGGAGGAGCAGUUCCUGGUGCUCAUUAACGACCUGCUGGCGUCGGGCGAGGUCCCCGGGCUCUUCACAGACGACGAGGUGGAGAAUAUCAUUUCCUCCAUGCGGCCCCAGGUGAAGUCAAUGGGCCUGUCUGACACCCGGGAGAUGUGCUGGAAGUUUUUCAUCGACAAAGUGCGCAAACAGCUCAAGGUCAUCCUGUGCUUCUCCCCCGUGGGAUCCGUGCUCCGAGUGCGAGCGAGAAAGUUCCCUGCGGUGGUCAACUGCACGGCCAUCAACUGGUUCCAUGAGUGGCCCGAGGACGCCCUGGUGUCGGUCAGCGCCCGCUUCCUGGAGGAGACCGAGGGCAUCCCGCAAGAAGUCAAGAGCUCCAUCAGUUUCUUCAUGGCCUACGUGCACACGACUGUCAACGAGAUGUCCAAAGUGUACCUGGCCACCGAGAGGCGCUACAACUACACCACACCCAAAACCUUCCUGGAGCAGAUCAAACUCUACCAGAGCCUGCUGGCCAGGAAGCGGAGGGAGCUGGUCGCCAAGAUCGAGCGGCUGGAGAACGGCCUCAUGAAGCUGCAGAGCACAGCUUCCCAGGUGGACGACUUGAAAGCCAAGCUGGCAGUGCAAGAGACGGAGCUCAAGCAGAAAAAUGAGAAUGCAGACAAGCUGAUCCAAGUGGUGGGUGUGGAGACCGAGAAGGUCAGCAAGGAGAAAGCCAUCGCGGAUGAGGAGGAGAUCAAGGUUGAGGUCAUCAACAAGAAUGUCACUGAGAAGCAGAAAGCCUGCGAGACAGACCUAGCCAAAGCAGAGCCGGCCCUGCUGGCCGCCCAAGAGGCCCUGGACACACUGAACAAGAACAACCUGACAGAACUGAAGUCCUUCGGGUCCCCUCCCGACGCUGUGGUCAAUGUCACAGCUGCUGUUAUGAUUCUGACCGCUCCUGGGGGCAAGAUUCCCAAGGACAAGAGCUGGAAGGCGGCCAAAAUCAUGAUGGGCAAAGUGGACACCUUCCUGGACUCACUGAAGAAGUUCGACAAGGAGCACAUCCCUGAAGCCUGUCUGAAGGCGUUUAAACCCUACCAAGGCAACCCCACCUUCGACCCCGAGUUCAUCCGCUCCAAGUCCACGGCCGCCGCAGGCCUGUGUUCCUGGUGCAUCAACAUUGUCCGCUUCUAUGAGGUCUACUGUGACGUGACCCCCAAGAGGCAGGCCCUGGAGGAGGCCAACGCGGAGCUGGCUGAGGCUCAGGAGAAGCUCUCCCGGAUCAAGAACAAAAUCGCCGAACUCAAUGCCAACCUGAGCAACCUUACAUCAGCAUUUGAGAAAGCGACAGCUGAAAAAAUCAAGUGUCAGCAAGAGGCGGAUGCCACCAACAGAGUGAUCUCGCUGGCCAACAGGCUGGUGGGGGGAUUAGCGUCAGAAAACGUCCGCUGGGCGGAAUCCGUGGAGAACUUCAAGACCCAGGGAGUGACCCUGUGUGGGGAUGUCCUGCUCAUCUCAGCCUUUGUCUCCUAUGUCGGUUACUUCACCAAGAAAUACCGGAAUGAGCUGAUGGAGAAAUUCUGGGUCCCUUACAUAAACAAGCUAACGGUCCCCAUCCCUAUCACCGAAGGUCUGGACCCCUUGACUCUGCUAACAGAUGAUGCUGAUGUGGCCACCUGGAACAACCAGGGCCUCCCCAGUGACCGCAUGUCCACAGAGAACGCCACCAUCCUGUGCAACACGGAGCGCUGGCCCCUCAUCGUGGACGCCCAGCUGCAGGGGGUCAAAUGGAUCAAGAAUAAGUACGGGGGUGACCUGAAAGCCAUCCGCCUGGGACAGAAGAGUUACCUGGACGUCAUUGAGCAAGCCAUUUCGGAAGGAGACGCCUUGCUCAUCGAGAACAUCGGUGAAACCGUGGACCCAGUGCUGGAUCCUCUGCUGGGCCGGAAUACCAUCAAAAAGGGAAGGUUCAUUAAGAUAGGUGACAAGGAGGUGGAGUACCAUCCCAAAUUCCGCCUGAUCCUGCACACCAAGUACUUCAACCCGCACUACAAGCCCGAGAUGCAGGCUCAGUGCACGUUGAUCAACUUCCUGGUAACCAGGGAUGGACUCGAAGACCAGCUCCUGGCCGCUGUGGUGGCCAAAGAGCGGCCAGACCUAGAGCAGCUGAAGGCAAACCUCACCAAGUCUCAGAACGAAUUUAAGAUUGUCCUGAAGGAGCUGGAAGACUCUCUGCUGGCCCGUCUGUCAGCUGCCUCCGGGAACUUCCUGGGAGACACGGCCUUGGUGGAGAACCUGGAGACCACAAAACACACAGCCAGUGAGAUCGAGGAAAAGGUCCAAGAGGCGAAAAUCACAGAAGUUAAAAUCAACGAGGCUAGAGAAAACUACCGGCCGGCUGCCGAGAGAGCGUCCCUGCUGUACUUCAUCCUGAAUGACCUCAACAAGAUCAACCCCAUUUACCAGUUCUCACUCAAGGCCUUCAACGUGGUGUUUGAGAUGGCCAUCCAGAAGACGAUGCCAGCCGACGAGGUGAAGCAGCGGGUCAUGAACCUCACAGACGAGAUCACCUACUCGGUCUACAUGUACACCGCCCGCGGCCUCUUCGAGCGGGACAAACUCAUCUUCCUGGCGCAAGUCACAUUUCAGGUUCUGUCCAUGAAGAAGGAGCUGAACCCAGUGGAGCUAGACUUCCUGCUGCGGUUCCCGUUCAAGGCAGGGGUGGUCUCGCCCGUGGACUUCCUGUUGAACCAGGGGUGGGGCGGCAUCAAGGCCCUCUCGGAAAUGGACGAAUUCAAAAACCUGGACAGCGAUAUCGAGGGCUCAGCCAAGCGGUGGAAGAAGCUGGUGGAGUCGGAAGCCCCGGAGAAAGAGAUCUUCCCCAAGGAGUGGAAGAACAAGACGGCCUUGCAGAAGCUCUGCAUGGUGCGCUGCAUGCGGCCGGACCGCAUGACCUACGCUGUCAAGAACUUCGUGGAGGAGAAGAUGGGCAGCAAGUUCGUGGAGGGCCGGAGCGUGGAGUUCUCCAAGUCCUACGAGGAGAGCAGUCCCUCCACUCCAAUCUUCUUCAUCCUCUCCCCAGGCGUUGACCCCCUGAAAGAUGUGGAAGCUCUAGGGAAAAAACUAGGCUUUACCAUAGACAAUGGGAAACUCCACAACGUGUCCCUGGGCCAGGGGCAGGAGGUGGUGGCCGAGAAUGCGUUGGAUGUGGCCGCAGAGAACGGGCACUGGGUCAUUCUGCAGAACAUCCACCUGGUGGCGCGCUGGCUGAGCACACUGGACAAGAAGGUGGAGAGGUACAGCCUGGGGAGCCACGAGGACUACCGGGUAUUCAUCAGCGCUGAGCCAGCCCCCAGCCCCGAGUCCCACAUCAUCCCCCAGGGCAUCCUGGAAAACGCCAUCAAGAUCACCAACGAGCCGCCCACCGGGAUGCACGCCAACCUGCACAAGGCCCUGGACCUCUUCACGCAGGACACCCUGGAGAUGUGCACCAAAGAGAUGGAGUUCAAGAGCAUCUUGUUUGCCCUGUGCUACUUCCACGCCGUGGUGGCGGAGAGACGCAAAUUCGGGGCCCAGGGCUGGAACAGAUCCUACCCUUUCAACAACGGGGACCUCACCAUCUCUAUCAAUGUGCUUUAUAAUUACCUGGAGGCCAACACCAAGGUGCCCUGGGACGACCUCCGAUAUCUGUUUGGUGAGAUCAUGUAUGGUGGUCACAUCACCGAUGACUGGGACCGCCGGCUGUGCAGGACAUACCUGGCAGAGUACCUCCGGGGGGAGAUGCUGGAAGGUGAUGUGCACCUGGCCCCUGGCUUCCAGACACCCCCCAACCUGGACUACAAGGGUUACCAUGAAUACAUCGAUGAGAACCUGCCCCCAGAGAGCCCCUAUCUGUACGGCCUGCACCCCAACGCAGAGAUCGGCUUUCUGACCGUCACCUCGGAGAAACUCUUCCGCACGGUUCUGGAGAUGCAGCCCAAGGAGACGGACUCGGGUGCAGGCACCAGGGUCUCACGAGAGGAAAAGGUGAAGGCGGUGCUGGAUGACAUUCUCGAGAAGAUCCCGGAGACGUUCAACAUGGUGGAGAUCAUGGCCAAGGCGGUGGAGAGGACCCCCUACGUGGUGGUCGCCUUCCAAGAGUGUGAAAGAAUGAACAUCCUGACCAACGAGAUGCGCCGCUCCCUGAAGGAAUUAAACCUGGGGCUCAAGGGGGAGCUGACCAUCACCACUGACAUGGAGGACCUGUCCACAGCCCUGUUCUACGACACAGUGCCUGACACGUGGGUGGCCAGGGCCUACCCCUCCAUGAUGGGCUUGGCAGCCUGGUAUGCCGACCUGCUGCUCCGCAUUAGGGAGCUUGAGGCCUGGACCACAGACUUUGCACUGCCCACCACCGUGUGGCUGGCGGGCUUCUUCAACCCGCAGUCCUUCCUGACGGCCAUCAUGCAGUCCAUGGCCAGGAAGAAUGAGUGGCCGCUGGACAAGAUGUGCCUGUCUGUGGAGGUGACCAAGAAGAACCGGGAGGACAUGACCGCACCCCCCCGAGAGGGCUCCUACGUGUACGGGCUCUUCAUGGAAGGUGCUCGCUGGGACACACAGACGGGCGUCAUCGCAGAAGCGAGGCUGAAGGAGCUGACACCAGCCAUGCCUGUCAUCUUCAUCAAGGCCAUUCCUGUGGACCGCAUGGAAACCAAGAACAUCUAUGAGUGCCCGCUCUACAAAACGCGUAUCCGCGGCCCCACCUAUGUGUGGACCUUCAAUCUCAAGACCAAGGAGAAGGCGGCCAAGUGGGUCCUGGCGGCCGUGGCACUGCUUCUGCAGAUGUAG